AAGGCCGCAAUGGCUCGCGCGCCCGGCACCGCCCCCCGCCGCUCGCCUUGACCCGACCCGCCUGGGUGGCCACUGGCCAGUGGGUUCCGCCGGUCACCAGGUGCCUCGGCCAAGAUGUUGGCGUUCAGAGCGAGCCGGCAGAUGCUCCAAACCAUUGCAGGGCAUGGAUGGAGAUCACAUUCCAGUAAACCUGCUCAAAACGUACACAUAAGCAAACCUGCAUCUGGCUUUAGCUUUGAACUUACUGAUGAACAGAAAGAGUUUCAAGCUACUGCUCGUAAAUUUGCUGUGGAGGAGAUCAUUCCUGUUGCUGCACAAUAUGACAAAACUGGAGAGUAUCCUUUUCCACUCAUAAAACGGGCUUGGGAACUUGGUCUUAUAAAUUCACACAUACCAGAAAGCUGUGGUGGUCUUGGCCUUGGCAGUUUUGAAGCGUGCCUUAUUACGGAAGAGUUGGCUUACGGCUGUACCGGGGUUCAAACAGCCAUCGAGGCGAACUCCCUAGGGCAAAUGCCAGUAAUCAUUGCAGGAAAUGAGCAGCAACAGAAAAAAUACUUGGGAAGAAUGACAGAGGAACCAAUGAUGUGUGCUUACUGUGUAACAGAGCCUGGAGCAGGCUCUGAUGUGGCUGGUAUAAAAACCAAGGCUGAGAAGAAAGGAGAUGAGUACGUUAUUAAUGGCCAGAAGAUGUGGAUCACAAACGGUGGGAAAGCAAACUGGUAUUUUUUGCUAGCUCGUACCAAUCCAGAUCCAAAAGUCCCCGCAAGCAAAGCCUUUACUGGAUUCAUCGUGGAAGCAAAUAGCCCUGGAAUCCAAAUUGGAAGAAAGGAAAUGAAUAUGGGUCAGCGCUGCUCUGAUACAAGGGGUAUUGUCUUUGAAGACGUAAGAGUUCCAAAAGAAAAUGUAUUAAUAGCCGAGGGAGCUGGCUUUAAAAUCGCAAUGGGAGCUUUUGAUAAGACCAGGCCACCCGUAGCAGCUGGUGCUGUUGGGUUAGCAAAAAGAGCACUCGAUGAAGCUACUAAAUAUGCUUUGGAGAGAAAAACCUUUGGGAAACCAAUUGUUGAACACCAAGCGGUGUCUUUCAUGCUUGCUGAAAUGGCAAUGAAAGUGGAACUGGCUAGGAUGGCUUACCAAAGGGCUGCGUGGGAAGUCGAUGCCGGUCGCAGGAAUACCUACUAUGCUUCCAUCGCAAAAGCGUUCGCGGGUGACGUUGCAAACCAAGUAGCUACAGAUGCAGUGCAGAUUUUUGGAGGAAAUGGAUUUAAUACUGAAUAUCCUGUAGAAAAACUAAUGAGAGAUGCUAAGAUCUACCAGAUUUAUGAAGGGACUGCUCAGAUUCAAAGGAUGAUCAUAGCUCGUGAACACGUUGCCAAAUACAAAGCUUAAAGAAACCUACCAAGCACAUCUGCCUCUACUGUAGUGUUCUGUGCUCUCACGAAAGAGGAUUCUAGUGCAUUUCUCGAUACAAUUAAAGGCGUGCAUAAACCCCUUUUCCUGAAAUCUUUUUGUGUACGUGAUUAAGCACUGCUUCUGUACUCCCUGCCCAUUCCCUCGCUUCAUUUCUUCUAACAAACCUGGUGUUUUCUAAACAUUUCUGAAUUCCAAAGUGAUCGGUUGUCCUCUUCCCCCACUCUCUUUCAGUCAAACCUUUGGCUUUUGGCAGGAGGAGAGGUAAAAACCUGCCCUGUAAAAUUUAUGUGAUCAAAAAAGUGAACAAAAUGAUUAUUUUUUUCUUUUUUUGGGUCUGUGAAGGCAUUCAGCAUGUAACGAGGAACAUCAUUUUCGGGGUAUUUCCGUAUUGUUUAUAAUGAUACAGAUUCGCUCCCAGUCUUUUAUCACUGGGGUUUGGGUGGCUAUCAUAGUAAUAAAUCUCAGGGAAACUGUAAAAAGCGAUUCUGCUUCCUCAGGAACAUCAUGCUGCUGCAGCACAUGGUCUCUGGGUCACCACUUCCUAAAAUAAAUAUGCUAACGCUUUAGUUCUGUGGCCUUCAGAGACUUUCAUCUUAAAAAAAAGACAGUGAAUACAUACUGGCUUCUUUCAGUACCAUACAUUCUUGUCAAUUACAAGACAGAUUGGUGUUUUUCUCAAACAGUGGCUGCAAUUACUACUUGCAGAUCCUCUGAAUUUUACAGACACUUAUGAGCCAGCAUGAACAAACAGCAGCUUUUGUUUUCAUCGGGCUUCUUUUCAGUGACUUAAUCAUCUGAUUCACCUGAAUCUGCAGCAAAGGCAGAAACUGUCAUUCAGUGCGGUUUAUCUCUGUGCCUGAGAGGAAGUUACUUGUUUUCUUGUGCCUUAAGCAAGACUUGUUUAUGGAUGAGUGGUAAGUACAGCUCUUGAGAAAUACAGGUACGCAUUUUUUUAUCACCGUGGGGAAAAAAAGAAGGAUGAGCAUUCAGUUUUAAACAUGUUUUCAUUUGAACUGAUCCUGUGCAAAAGAACCUGUAGGAAAUGGCCUUAUUUUCAGGUAUAACAAUGCUGUUCUAAACUUGGAUGUUCUAAACCCCAAAUGGCCAAACAGAGUAAAGGGCAAGAAAUGAGAACCUCACAACACCAUGUUUUUUCACUGUAAAAUUAGAUGAUCAAGAUGUUACUUCUGACAGCCGUUGCUGCACUCUAAUAAAAAUGUACUUAUAAGCAGA